AUUGGUGUACAAAUAUGGCUUCAGAGGACCUUUAUGCAAUCUCCGCUGACUGGCUCAAAAGACUAUAGGUCGCGUCGUCUACUGGAGAUGCUAUGUCAUUUGUGAGCCAUUUCCAUUCGGACGGGUGGUUCAGAGAUCUCCUAUGUAUUUCUUGGAAUUUCAGGACACUAUCAGGAUCCGAAAACAUACGCGAAUUUCUCUCGGAGGUCGUUGAUGGAAAGUCGCGACUUGAACAUUCCGGUCUUCGUGAUUUCAAGCUAGACGACCACACCGUCAAUUCGCCUUCGCCAUUCAAAUUUCCAGGUCCACAGGGCAUUGAAGGAGUACAAGGUGCUUUCACCUUUAGCAUCACGAACCCAGCUGCACUCGGGCGAGGUUUUUUCUAUCUGACCCGGGACGUCGAUGGAACUUGGAGGGCUUUAACCCUUUUUACAAACAUGCAGGAACUCGUCGGAUACGAGGAGUCUUCCACAAAUCAAUACGGCCUAUAUGAGGGUCAAAAAUUCAGUUCGGAGGAGUAUGUUGAUGCAAAAUUCCGUGCUAUAGAGGCAGACCCCACCGUUUUGAUCGUUGGUGGUGGACAAUCUGGCCUCACUUGUGCAGCGCGUCUGGGUCGGUUGGGGAUCCGUGCGCUCGUGAUCGAGAAAAACGCGCGCGUUGGAGACACCUGGCGACAGCGGUACCCGAACCUUACGCUGCAUACUCCCGCAUAUAUGAGCUCCAUACUUUAUAGUCCCUAUCCGACAAACUUCCCCAAGUACAUUCCUAAGGGGAAACUCGCUGAUUUCCUGGAGUCAUACGCCGCUAAUCAUGAAUUAUGCAUCUGGCUGUCGAGUAUCGUCGCCCCGAAUCCGAUGUAUGACUCAUCAUCCGCAAGAUGGACUGUCGAAAUACAGCGUGGAGAUCAGAAAGUUAUCCUCCACCCAAAGCACCUGGUACUUGCGACAGGAGGCGGGACCCCUCGCAUUCCUACCUGGAAUGGAAUGGACGAAUUCCAAGGAACGUUGUAUCAUUCCGACUUCCAUCAAGAUGCAGAGCAGUUCCGAGGCAAACGCGUUGUCGUUGUGGGUGCGUGCAACGCUAGUGGAGAUAUAUGUCAAGAUUUUGUCGCGCAUGGUGCUGCUGAGGUGACAAUGGUCCAAAGAAGCGCCACAUGCGUUGUAUCCUCUACUACCGCAGAAAAAACCUACUUCAAGGUGCCUUUCCCAGAAAGCAACCCUAUCGAGGACCUGGAUUUCCGCUCCAAUUCAAUGCCUCGGGCCUUUCUCCUGCAGUUAAACAAAUUAGGUGGGACUCAACACGCGAAGAUGCUCGACGAGGAACUCCACGAAGGUUUGCGCAAGGCUGGGUUCAACUUAACUUGGGAACUUGAGCCUGGUAGUGGCGAGGUUGGGCUGGAUGGAUUUGCGACAAACCGCUUGGGAGCAGGAAUGAUGAUUGAUGUUGGUUGUGGUAAGCUGAUCGUCGAAGGCAAAGUCAAGGUAAAGCAAGGCCAAGACAUCAGUCACCUCGACAAAGACGGGGUCGUGUUUCAAGAUGGCUCCAAGCUCUCAGCAAAUGUUAUCGUCCUAGCUACAGGAAAUGAACCCGUCUUGAAGACCGCCGGAGCUUUUCUUGGUGACAAGAUUGCCGAACAACUUUCAUCCAUGGUGUGGGGAUUCGACUCAGAGGGAGAACUCGGUCAGACAUAUCGGCCCUCUGGACAUCCGGGACUUUGGUUCGCUAUCGGUUCAUUUGUGGUAACACGUUUCUUCAGCAAACACUUGGGUCUUCAAAUUCUGGCUCGAGAGCUCGGCAUAGCAUGACAAAAGGGGUGUUGCCGUUAUGCAUAAUAUACCGCAGAUCAGAAUCACAGAUACUGAGGGACAAUAUUGAGAAAAUCGGUCAUGCGGAACCAGAGCUCUCUCUGGGACAAUAUGUAUGAUAUUGCACAUGUUACUGUCCAGAGAGUGUCUGUGUGACAGCCCCUGCAAGGAAUAUCGCGUCCCUUGUGGCCAGGUUCAUACCCUGGCCGCCCGCAGGUGAAUAUAUAUGG